GGCCGCGGCCACUGCUGCUCCGGCUCACGGCGCCUGUGUGACGCACUGGGAGCGCGGCGGCGCGGUGCGAGCCGGGCAGUGGCGGGAGGAUGGCGAGCGACUUCUACCUCCGCUACUACGUGGGGCACAAGGGCAAGUUCGGCCACGAGUUCCUCGAGUUCGAGUUCCGGCCCGACGGGAAACUGCGUUACGCCAACAACAGCAACUACAAGAACGACGUCAUGAUCCGAAAGGAGGCUUACGUGCAUAAGAGCGUGAUGGAGGAGCUGAAGAGGAUCAUUGACGACAGUGAAAUCACAAAAGAAGACGAUGCUCUGUGGCCUCCACCUGACAGAGUUGGUCGACAGGAGCUUGAAAUAGUCAUUGGUGAUGAGCACAUCUCCUUUACCACAUCCAAAAUCGGUUCCCUCAUUGAUGUAAAUCAGUCCAAGGAUCCAGAAGGCUUGAGAGUAUUCUACUACCUGGUGCAAGACCUGAAGUGUCUAGUCUUCAGUCUUAUUGGACUACACUUCAAGAUUAAGCCAAUUUAAAUCAAAUAAACUGAAAUUUGUA